AUGAGCGAGCAGGAGAAGAAGCUGCAACGCAUGUACGGUAAACUUCCAACAGGAAAGGAUCUUUUGGGACACAAGCUGAAGGAGCGCAAGUACUUUGACUCUGGAGACUACGCCCUUCAAAAGGCAGGAAAGACAACAGCGCCUGUUGGAUCACAACACCCGCAGCCGGAGAACAUCCCACACUCGAACCCUGCAACGCCCAAUGCUGUUCACGGAUCGCCUCCAGUCAAGGAAAGCUCCUUGGUACACGAGUCCGAAAUCCCAGAAGGUGCAACUCCCACGGUGACGCAGCACCAGACCGAAUGA